CCACCGCAGGCAACCUAACCUACACGGUACCCUUGUCCCUCCAUCAGCCGCGACUGAGUGACAGCUUCACGACCACUACACUGCAGCGACAGCAGAGCAGCAGCAAUCAUUUACUGUGUUAUUUUGGUAGCUUAGCUUAAAUCAUAUCAACAACACGUCCAGCUUCACGGCCGAACCUAGCAACAUGGACGACAAGAAAUUAGUCUUCUUUACGGCUAUCGAGGAUCAAGGCGGCGUCAUCGUCAAAGAGACACCGAAAUUCGACCUUGAUCUUUACAUCCAGAAUUACAAAGGACGUACACGAUUCGAACGUCUAUUUCACAUUGGUAGGAGCUCGGUACCGCUAUGUGUCGAUGCACUCAAAGCUGCUGUACAGGAGGCCAAGGCUGGCAGCGACAUCCUGAGGUACCAGAUGGCAGUCAACUCCCUUUCCCAAGCAGCUCCCAACGAGCCCGAGGCCUUCUUGGAUAGGGCAUGGAUGGGAGCCAAGGAGAAGGAGAACCGAGACACUACAACCCAUCUGCAAGCCGAACUUCAAGGUUAUAAAAACAACCUGAUCAAGGAGAGCAUCAGGAUGGGCAACGAGGAUCUAGGCAAGCACUUUGAAGCUAUCGGCGACGUUGAGGCUGCCAUGGAUAGCUUUUGGAAGAUGAGGCCGGAUGUUAGCUCAACAGAGCAGCUUGUCGACAUUGGGAAGCUCCUUGUCCGAGUGGCGAUCGAACGUCACGACUGGAAAUCCGUCAGCAAUCAUCUCAGCAAGCACGUCAAUACCGCAAACGACUCGGACCCGAAAGCCAAAGCCCUCAAAACGUACAGCAAGAUUGCGAAUGGCAUCGCGGCGCUAGGUCAGGAACGCUACAAGGAGGCGGCGUUAUCCUUUGUUGAAGCCAGCUCCGACGUGCCCCCAGAGGUUUACAACCAGAUUGCCAGCCCGAACGACGUUGCCAUCUAUGGCGGUCUGCUGGCGCUUGCCACAAUGGACAGGCACGAGCUGCAGGCCAACCUCCUGGACAAUGACUCUUUCCGCGAGUUUUUGCAACGAGAACCGCACAUCCGCCGAGCCAUCACACAGUUCGUUAACGGCAGAUAUGCGGCGUGUAUAGAGAUCCUGGAGUCGUAUCGACCAGACUACCUCCUCGAUAUUUACCUGCAAAAGCACGUGCCCAAGUUGUACGCCGACAUCCGCACCAAGUCCAUCGUCCAGUACCUUAAGCCCUUCUCCUGUGUUAGGCUGGACACGAUGCAGAGGGCCUUUAAUGGGCCGGGACCGUCGAUUGAGGAUGAGCUGUUCACCAUGAUCAAAGAUGGGAAGCUGAACGCUCGGAUCGAUGCCAUCAGCAAGUCGAUCACCCCAAUCUCCACCGACUCUAGACAGCAAAUGCAGUCAUACGCACUCCAGACCUUUGAGAACUACGAAAAGCAAGCCCUUGACAGAAUCCGGCGCAUGAACAUCAUGGCCGCCGAUCUCGAAGUCAAAGGAUCCCGCAAGCCUGGAGGAAUGAACGACAUUUCGCUUAGCAUGGCCAUGGAUGACACUGCGAGCUUGGCCUAAGAACCCGAAUGGUGGAGCAUGUCCGUCAGAAGAACAUUUAUCACGUCCGUUAGAGCCGUAAACGAAACGCUGCGUGAGAUCAGUCGCAUUAACAAGUCAUGAACGAAGAAGGAUUUAGACGGUCUGGGUUGCUGGGUGGCAUCACAUUGCCGGGGUUCUUCCCUCAUUAUUAUGCUGCUGGUGUUCACGAACAGAGGGAUGUAGUUAGAAAGUCCUUGAGAAUAUUUUAAACCUUGCACAAUCAAAGAGAAACAUUCACUCAAA